UCUGCCCAAGCAUCUUCUGAAAUGAAGGUAAAACAACGACUGGGUCCACAUUAAUGAGUCAUCUAAGGAGAAACCCAACGAGUCACCAAAAGAAAAUACAAAAAAGUAGAACAUUAUUAUUACUUCAAAUAUUAAAUGUGUAAUUGUUUGGUUGUAUCAGAAACAAUGGGCAACUUCUUUUUUUCAUGUUGAUGACUUUGUUUUUAUAAUAAAUGUAGGGUUCUCAGGUUAAAAUGAAAGGAUGCUUUAUUCGUUCAGAAUUAGAAAAUCAUUAUGUCGUUGACAAAAAUCCUAAUGUCGCAUUAAACCCACAAAAUGUAAUGAAUUCAACAUGAAUAUAAGUUUGAUUUCAACUCCGCAAACCUCUAUAACGCUACCCAUAUUUUCUGAUAUUUAUGCUUCCAGUAGGACGGUAACGUUUAUCCGUCUUUGUUGCUUUGAGUUGUUUCCUUCAAAUUGACAGUUGUAUUGUUACCAGUGCAUGACGUCAUUUAAAGGCAACUUUAUGUCAGACUCACUUCAGACAAAGAAAGCUCAUUGUGAUGUUCUGUAACUAAAAUAAACAAGUUCUGCACUGAAAUAGUUCAGUUUUCUGCUGCUUGGUGUGGAAAUGCAGUGGUUGGUGUAAACAGUUUCCAGGCCAGCAGGGGGCGCGCAGCUGGAGCAAAAAUGUUGCGCGUUUAAGGAAAGGAAAAAAACCAGAGCGCAAGGAGUCUGCGCAACGAAGUUUCGGGAGAACCGCAGAGAAAGAAGGAGGAGGAAACAGCGCCAUUUUUAUUUUACUGGUCUGGGCCCGGUUCUGAUGGAUUUCCCAGAGGAUCAGAAGACGGCGGCGCCCGGCAGCGGCGGCGACGCGGCGUGGGGCGAAGACGAGGAAGACGGCGUCCAUGGAGGCGUGAAGGAAGCGUUCCGGUCCAAACCCCGGUUCUCCUACACGGAGGUGAAGCUGCUGCUGGAUGAGGUGAAGAAGAACAGACACAUCCUCCUCAAGAAGUUUAACCGCGGCGUGUCUGUGGACGCCAAGAAGCAGAAGUGGACCGAGAUCACGGAUCGGAUCAACGGGCUGGAGAGAACCGCCGAGAGACGCGGCAGAUCAUGAAGAAGUGGGCGGAUCUGAAGUGCGACGGGAAGCGGCGGCUGCUGGCCCUGCGGGGCCCCAACGGCUCCAACCUGAGGAAGAAGCGUCUGGGCCCGGUGGAGCGCAUGGUGCACCGCAUCCUGAUGAUGAGUCCUUCUAGAGAUGGCGGCAGCGACCAGGACUGGAGUCCUGCCGAGGAUUUUCCCAAGUCGCUCCAGACGGGUCCACUGAUGCAGCCGCCGGCGCCGUAUUCCUACCUGAACCUCAGCGAGAACUCCGGUUCCCACGGCGACGGCCUGUCCUUCGACAUGUCGCCUCUGUCCUCGCCGGAGAACGAACCCGACGAGCUGAUCCACUCCUCCUCCGAGUUCGAGCAGGCCGAUGAUGAAGGUCCGUCCUCCCAGGACUUCAGGCAGAGGAUCAGACCCGUCUUUACGUACUCCAGGACCCACCAGAACCAGAAAUCCUGCAGCCUCCCUCCAGGGGGCGCCGCUCCCUCCUCCUCUACAUCGGCUGCGGCCGGCGGCCCGCCGCCUGCCCCGUCGCUCCCGUCCCGGCCGUCCCCGUCCCGGCUGUCGUCCCAGAGCCUCCAGCAGCAGCGCGCGGGCCGCCUGCUGCUGGGCUCGGUGUCGCGCUCCCUGGAGGUUCUGACCCGGUCCGUCCAGCUGCUGGUAGAGAGCCAACAGGAGUUCGUCCAGGAGUCGCUGCAGCUGCAGCGGGACGCCGUGGACGUCCUCCGGGACUUCUCGGAGACCGCGCUGCGAAUGCUGAGGGACAAAACCAGCAGCGGACCGCCCGGACCGGCCCAGAACCACCAGCAGAAUCCCCCUACCGGGUCCCAGCAGCAACAUCCAGCCUCACGGUUCUGACCCUCCUACUGAUCCAUCCGACCAGAACCAGAACGCAGGACAAAGUCGGAGCCGUUGUUUCUGAUCCGGUCGGUUCUGACCCGGAAACGACCCGGCGGCCGGUUCUGGCUCUUUAUUUAUUGACAUCCUGCUCACAUCCUCAUGUUGGCAGCAGGACAAACGGAGAAAAACUCCUAAUUAUUUGUAUUUUUCAAUCAACUCACUGUAUUUUGGUAAGUUGUUGACAUUAAACACAGGAAGCAAAAACAAUAAACAAACCAUAAUUUAGCAAAACAGGAACAGGCUGAAGCCAAAGCAAAGACCAGGACUGGAGCGUCUCCCGCAACGCACCUGAGUCAAAUAAUGAUGUCAUCAGCAGGACUCCGCAGAACCGGACUGGAUUUAGGAUGUGAUUCAGCUGUUGGACCAGGGAGACGUCUCAGACCGGGUCGGCCCCCCAGGACCGGGUCGGCCCCCCAGGACCGGGUCGGCCCUCCGGUCCUGGCUUAGACCUUUUACCGAAAUGGUUUUUACUCAUUUCCUACAGAAUCACACUAAAAAUAUGGCAGAAAAUAAACACUCAUCAUUUCAACCAGA